AUGGUUCAAGACAAUAAAAUGAGUAAUAAUUUGGUGUAUCAACUUGUAAACACAGAAGUCAAAGAAGGAGAUGACGAAAAGGCAAGAAUUGAAGAAAAAGAGGAUGACGUCAUAGAUUCUGGUCCCAAAUUUGGAAAGCGCCAUGUUCAAGUCAUAUUUUUAUUUACCCUUUUACUCAUAGGAUAUUGUAUAAGAGUUAACUUGUCUCUAACAAUUGUGGCUAUGACAGAUCCGAAUGCCAAUGAAAACAAAGAUAUUCCGACUUUUGAUUGGAAAAACCGAAAUGUCAUACUUUCAGCGUUCUUCUGGGGGUAUAUAACUCCACAGAUCCUAGCCGGUUGGUUAAUGACUCGAUAUGGUCCGAAAUGGUCUUUCAUUUCUUUAGUACACUGGGAAUUGUAUGGUGUGUACUUUACAUUUUCUGCGGCUCUAAAUUCUCCAUCGGAGAAUAAAAGUAUUACGGAAGCAGAGAAAAAUUACAUACUCCGAACUUCUGUUGAUGUUAACAAGAAACCGUUACCAACACCUUGGAGACACAUAUUAACCUCAUUGCAUUUUUGGGCCUUAUUGUUCACAUACACGUGCAAUGUGUUGGGACUUUGGCUUCUUUUAACCCAAAUUCCUACUUACAUGAAUAAGAUCAUGAAGUUUGAUAUAAAAUCUAACGGAACUUUGACAGCCUCAAUAUAUCUUAGUCAAUGGAUACUAAGUUUAAUUUUGGGAUCCGUGUCGGAUUAUGUGAUUAACAGAAAAAUUCUCAGUGUAACUCUAACGAGAAAAUUAGUUUCUGGUGUAGGGACCUUCGGACCAGCGAUUUCACUUGUAUUUCUAGCUCAAUGUACCGAAGAAAAUACUAUCAAGGGUGUAAUGCUGCUGUUUCUAGCAGUCGGUACAGGAGGUGCCCAAAUUUGCAGCGUUCUAAUCAACAGCGUAGAUCUUUCACCUAACCAUGCCGGAGUUCUUCAAGGAAUUGUUAAUGCAUUUUCUCACAUCUUUGCUAUAUUCGCACCGCUGAUAGUACAGUUCUUGGUUUCUGAUGAAUAUAGUGCAGCUCAAUGGAAAAUCGUAUUUUACUUUGGUAGCUGCGUUUAUCUUUCCGGCGGAAUAGUUUUCUCUGCCUUUGGUUCUGGACAAGUUCAACCAUGGAAUGAUCUCGAUAAAAGAAAUGUUGCAGCGUGA